GGUCUGGAAAAAGCGGCCCCGUCCUUCCGAAGAAAAAAAACAACUUUCGUGGCUUUGGACUCAGUGGAGACUUUCAAGUGUCUUUUCUUUGCAAGUCAAAGGUUCAAGUUUGUUCAGAUCUCAUAUACGAGGAUGGCAUCAGCACACUAUAUGCAGAGUUUGGAUGGCGUAAGUAGAAAGGCAAAAAAGGAUUCUGAUUUGCGUUCUAACAGAGGAGAGAAAUGCUACAGGUGUGAGGAGUGCAGCUGGCAGUUUAGUCGGCUGGGAAGUCUGAAGACCCACAAGCGGACUCACACAGGCGAGAAGCCCUACAGGUGUGAGGAGUGCAGCAGGCAGUUCAGUCGGCUGGAUGAGCUGAAGGCUCACUUGCGGACUCACACGGGUGAGAAACCGUACAGGUGUGAGGAGUGCAGCAAACAGUUCAGUCGGCUGAGUCAUCUUAAGAGCCACAUGCGGACUCACUCAGGUGAGAAACCCUACGGGUGUGAGGAGUGCAGCAGGCAGUUCAGUCAUCUAAGUGAUCUAAAGAAACACAUUCGUACUCACACAGGUGAGAAACCCUACAAGUGUGAGGAGUGCAGCAAACAGUUCAGUCAUAUGUUUGCUCUGAAAAGACAUAUGCAGACUCACACAGGUGAGAAACCCUACAGGUGUGAGGAGUGCAGCAGGCAGUUUAGCCAGCUGGGUAAUCUGGAAACCCAUAUGCGGACUCACACUGGUGAGAAGCCCUACCAGUGUGAUGAGUGCAGCAGGCAGUUUAGUCGGCUGGAGAGUUUGAAGAAACACAUGCGGACUCACACAGGUGAGAAACCCUACAGGUGUGAGGAGUGCAGCAGGCAAUUCAGUCAUCUGAGCAGUCUGAAGGAACACAUACGAACUCACACAGGCGAGAAACCCUACAGGUGUGAGGAGUGUAGUAAGCAGUUCAGUCGGCUGGGUCAUCUGAAGACCCAUGUGCAGACUCAUACAGGUGAGAAACCCUACAAGUGUGAGGAGUGUAGCAGGCAGUUCAGUGAACGGCGUAGUCUUAGAAAGCAUAUGCAGACUCACAAGUAAGAAAGUGAGUGUGGCAGUACAGAGAAGAUGUUGGCCUGAUGUAUUAUAAGGAUUGCAUGCAAGCAUCUAGCUUGAACCCUAAAGAAUGUUUGUAACAUUUUGUUUAUGAAGCUUAUUCUCUUUUAUUAUAAUUCUUUCAUAUACAUUUUACUAGUUGUAAAAUUGUUAUAAUCAUGCAGAUACAUGUAGUAGUACUUUAAAUAUUUCACAGUAAAACUGUUGGGGAGUUCAUUAUCAAACUUUUUACUGUUACAUUUUUUUGUAUUUGACUUUCCAACUUUUAAUUUCCAGGUUCCCAAAUUAUAAACUUAGGACUCUGUUGUUUUGAGUAGGAUAAAGGUUUUCUUUCAUCUUUAACUUUGUAUUUCAGUAUUUUCUUAGUCCCCAUAGAUAAAGGAAUAGAAGUGUCGUUGGUUUGAUUUUUCUGUUAAAACAUUUGUUAGUUCAAGUCAUUGAGUUUCUACAAUAAAAUAAAGCUGUUUGCCUGAUGUACAUUUGUCUAGAGAUAUCAUUGGAGGAAAUCGUUUCGCUUAAGCAAUGUAAGUCAUGUCUUUUCCCUGACCCAUUUCGAAAACCAAUGGAAAACAUUCUGCCUUUCCUACAAAAUGUUGCUAAUUUUUUUUUUUUUUAGUUUUCUGCAGUUAUUUGUUUUAGUCUAUACAGACUGACAGUUGUAGUAAUGUCAGAUUGAAUUGCUUGGCAGAAAAUAAUUUGGAUGAACGAUGAAGUAACGUAAGCAUGGCACUGGUGUGGCAUAAUGGGGCAGGGUGUUUGGCCCAGAUUAUUGAGGUACUGGGUUGACAUCGGCUUGGGAAAGGGACUUAACACGACUUUACUCAGACACGUGAAAUGAAUCAGUACCUAGCUUUUGGUAGGACGUGUCUUGGAUAGAAUCGGAUUGGUCCCAUGUUUUAGGACAGCCACGCCUCAAGCACGAACAAGAACCCAUCACACAUAAUAUUGGAAAGUACUGGAUACGUAUAUAAUAUCCUUCCCGGAUUGAGUGGAUCAAAUAAAUCUGUCCAUAUAUGCAGCUUGUACUGUUCAGUGCAAACUUGUUUGUUCAGUGUAAACCAGGAGUGUUAUGCAAUGAUUUACCCAUCAUGGAGUAAUAUCAAAAUCAACAAAAUCUGAUGUUUUAAAAGGACAUUAUCAAAAAGAAGAGGAAGCUUCACAAAUGAUGACAAAUUUUCAGAAUUGUCAAGCGUACAGAGUUUACUGCGGAGCAAACGGUUUCCUGAAUAUAGUAGAUACGGUUAGCAAUUAUACUGCAUUCUCACCACACAAGCAACUAGAGAGUCCCAACUACAUGUACAGCUGUACAUUGUACGUCCACUGAACAGUGUUAACAGCAAAGAGUUACUCCGUGUUUCGCAACACUACAUCCUUAUCAUAACACACAAGACUAGGUUCUCUUUUUACAUAUAUAAGUUUUAGAAGGAAGAGCAGAUUUCACAACCAAGACAUGUUCAACGUAUACUUCGACAAAAGUCACAAUCGAAAGUCAAAAGCAAUCUAAUUUCUCCAUAGUAAACUUUCUUACAAAUUUUCACUGAGCACUUGCGAUACAAUUACAACACAACCAAAUAUAGUAUCAUCUUUCCACUGAAGGGAAUUGUGCAAUAUUCUUAAGAUUUUAGAAUCUGUUUUCUUAUUUUGGGAACGAAACAGUUUUCUUUUUUCUUUCAACACUGCCUGUAAUGACGUAUAAAGUAGUGAGAAAUCUGCUCAAAUAGGUGUAAAUUAUACCUUUUUUUUUUUGUUCGCACACAAUGUUACAUCUAUGACCGUAACAAUAUUUUCCUGUGUACAAUGGCUUUAAGUAUAAUAGCAAGGCUGGGACUAUAACACCUUUUUUUACAUCUACAGUUAUCAGUGGUGGAAACCUAUUUCGUAUGAACGUUGUGGUCUUUUUUGUUACAAAAGCUGUUUCUACUAUAGCAACACUUUCUCUACUACUCUGUAAUUACAGACACAGUACAUGUGUAGUCACUUACACAAGAUAUACACGUACCGGUAUAUAGGAAACAUCAUUGACAGCACAUUGAAGUUUGAACUGUGCCUUAACUUUAACGGUUUUGCCUUUACAAAACACUGUUCACUUGUGGUCCUGUUAUAUAAUAUACGACUUUUUACACCGACUUUUAUCCUACAAUAUAGUCUACUACAAGUAGUUUUUUUCUGAAAAGGUGUCAUUCAAACAUAGCCAUAGUGAAUGCAGUGAAGAUGAUAAGAGUUGGUACAUUGUUCUAUACAUGAAGGGAACUGCUACCUGACAU